AUGCCAGAUCCGACCCCCAAACCUACCUUUCCGGUUGAGGCCCCGCCAGCCGACUUUGCCAAUUUACCCUACGAUAAAAGAAUAGAAUGGCUGAACGGGCACGGCCUUGAGAGCGACCCUACAAUCAACCUUGGCGACUGUUACCGCUGUGGAACCAAACUCACGGGCAUCUUCAGCCUGGUGUACAAGGUACUACGGCGUCUUAUUGACACUGUCAAAAACAAGGGCAGUGCAGCCCUCAAGAAGUACCUCAACGCCUUCAUCACAGCCUUCAAGAACGGCGUAGGACACCUCUCCAACUACAUUUACACCAACGUCAAAGCUUUAAGCGAGACAGGCAAGUUCAACGAUGCUACGACCGCGCCAACGCCCGUGGCCAUUCCGGGCCUGCCGGUUAUCAGCGACGAUGAGCCCGUGACGCCGGCGACCGGCAAGACGUUCGACAUGUCAUUCUGGGGUAUCUUCCUCGGCACCCUCACCAUCCUCGUCGAUACGUGGCCGUGGCUCAAUAAGAUCCAGACGGGGAUGUCAACCUCCUACGCUCAGCUUUUGGAGGUUGUUGCCAACACGGGCCAGACCUUUUUCGCCGAGUACCAGAAAUCACAAUCCGAUGACCAGCCUUAA